CAAGCGCAGCAGUUGCGUUUAGUGACGGUCGUUGGAAUUUUUGUUUGAACGCCGGCCGUUUUUUAAUUAUAAUUAAUUUAUCAACAAUGCACGCUUUUUUGAAAACCGGAAAAUUAGGACCUGGCGAGGUGAAAAAACCCUCAACUUCCCGUAACGCAAAAGAGAAAAGUGGUCCAUCUCCUCCUUGGGUUGAAAAAUAUCGUCCUAAAACUGUUGACGAUGUUGUCGAACAAGCAGAAGUUGUUCAAGUACUUCGUCAAUGUUUAACUGGUGGUGAUUUUCCAAAUUUAUUACUUUAUGGUCCACCUGGUACAGGAAAAACAAGUACAAUUUUAGCAGCUGCUCGACAACUUUUUGGCGAUAUGUAUAAAGACAGAAUUUUAGAAUUAAAUGCCUCUGAUGAACGUGGUAUUCAAGUGAUUCGAGAUAAAGUCAAAACGUUUGCACAACGCACAGCGGGAGGUGUACGAAAUGACGGAAAGGCGUGUCCACCUUUUAAAAUAAUAAUUCUCGAUGAAGCUGACAGUAUGACUGUUGCUGCACAAUCAGCUCUACGUCGAACAAUGGAAAAAGAAUCUCACAGUACACGUUUUUGUUUAAUUUGCAAUUAUGUUUCACGUAUUAUUGAACCAUUAACGUCACGUUGUACAAAAUUUCGAUUUAAAUCAUUGGGCGAGAAUAAAAUAAUUGAAAGAUUGGAAUAUAUUUGUGGUGAAGAGGAUAUGAAAGCAGAAAAACCGGUGCUUGUUAAAUUAGUUGAGGCAUCAGGUGGUGAUUUAAGAAGAGCAAUCACAUCAUUACAAUCAGUUAUGAGACUUAAAGGAAAGGGUGUCGAAGUCACUAUUAAUGAUGUCUUGGAAAUUACUGGGAUUGUUCCCGAUCAUUGGUUACACGAUUUAAUGGAAGUUUGUAAAACUCAAAAUUAUACAAAAGCUGAAGAGUUUAUUGAAAAAUUUAUGAUGGAAGCUUAUUCAACAACUCAGGUGAUAGAUCAAUUGAAUGAAAGGAUUAUUUACUCGAAUUUUUUAACUGAUAAACAAAAAGCACAUAUUGGUGAAAGACUCGGGGAAUGUAGCUACAGAUUGCUUGAUGGAGGCAGCGAAUAUGUACAAUUAAUAACUUUAUGCUGCGGUAUUAUGCAAGCAUACGAAAUGUCAUAAAAAUCGUCCACCGGUAAUUAAUAAUUUGUUUUUCCUUUGUACAGUACUAAUUCUAUAUUUUUCUCUAUUUUUUUUACCUCAACGGAAUAAAAACAUUUUUCUAAAAAAAAAAAAAA